AUUUUCACAGCAAAACACUUGUGCAAAGCGCAUUUGUGAAGUUUGCUUGUUGGGUGUCGCACAAUUUACUAUUGAUUAUAAGUAAAGUAGCUAUUAAAAAUAAAUUAAUUUCCUUUGCUCAUAGUGCGGUUAAUAUUAACAUAAUAUAUAAUGGAUAUCGAAAUAUUAUCAACAACGGGCUCCAAGUCGUUUGGCAGAUGCCACGUUCCUCCCAGUACUACCGUUGGUGACCUACGCCAUAUAAUACAUAAGCAAUAUGGAAGCACACCGGCUCCGGAACGGCAAUCACUGCGUUUGGAACCGCGCGGAAAGGCGCUUAAAGAAACGGAUACGCUUGAGUCGCUUAAUAUUGGAAAAUCAAAUAAGAUUUACAUAAAAGAUUUGGGACCCCAGAUUGGUUGGAAGACUGUAUUUCUAGCUGAAUAUGCCGGCCCACUGUUCGUAUACCUCAUCUUCUACGCUCGCCCCGCUCUCAUCUAUGGUGAAACAACGGAUAAACCGAUUUCAUUAACGGCACACAUUGCAGCAGGCUGCUAUGUCGUUCAUUAUGUAAAACGAGUUUUAGAGACUAUUUUCGUUCAUCGUUUCUCACAUGCGACAAUGCCCAUCCGUAAUCUCUUUAAAAAUUGCAGCUACUACUGGGGAUUCACAGCCUAUGUUUCGUAUCACGUUAAUCAUCCACUUUAUACCAGCCCUUGUUGUCUUCAAGUCUGGGGUUCUUUAGCUGCUUUCGCGAUUUGCGAACUGGGCAAUUUUUCUAUUCACAUUGCUCUACGUAACUUGCGCCCGCCUGGCACAAAAGUGCGCCGAAUUCCGGUUCCUGAUGAUAACCCCUUCACAAAGCUAUUCAAUUUGGUCUCUUGCCCCAACUACACUUACGAGAUUGGUUCCUGGGUUUCUUUCUCUUUAAUGACUCAAUGCUUGCCGGCUUUGCUGUUUGCGUUUGCUGGAGCUUUUCAAAUGGCAGUGUGGGCUCUGGGCAAGCACCGCAAUUACAAGAAAGAGUUUAAAGACUACCCCAAAGGUCGGCGUGCCAUUUUUCCAUAUGUGCUGUAAAUGUAUAAAUCAAAUUAUAUUGGCACAAAUUUUAACAAAAGAGAAAAACAUUUCCAUUGCAAUUGGCUUAUUGCAUUUAUAAUACUGUAAAAAAUUAAAUUUGAACAAAUUAAAUUAUAAUUGUCAUAGGUGUCAGAUUAUUAUUAACUUGGUGUAGCUGAUGCAAUAAUACAUAGAUGUAUAGCACAUAUAUCUGUAUAUGUUAAACUGAUAACUAAUAAUAAAAAGAGUUGGUUUGCGAAUGAAAUAAUGCCCACAGACUUUA